AACAUAAUGAUUUUCACAAAGAAAAAAUAAAAAAUAUAUUUAUGUUAUGUAAUCUUAUUUUAUAUUCUUUAAAUAAUAUAAUACAAUAUUAUACAUUAUUUUUUAGAAUUGUGAAAUACAUAUAAUAUAUUAUCCGCGCGUAGCGCGGUUAAAAAAUCUAGUACAGCUAAUACGGGACCGUACCUUCACUUCCCUUCUCGGACAUAUCCUUUUAUGCUUUCUUUUUAGAUUUGAGAAUUUGUAUUCCCUACCCACAACAUAUACCCUAUUUGCACUCUAUACCCUAUUUCCCCCCAAUUUUUUUCCCCCCAUCAUCACCAUUUUCCCUCAACUCUAUGGUAUCUCACUUCUUUUUGGAUAUUGAGCUAAUUUACUCUUUAGAUUUUAAUGUAUUUUCGUACAUUUAUCAUUAAAUAUUAAUACUUAAAUACGUAAUAGAGAAAUUGUCAUAACAAUAUGUAUCAUAAUGUCGUAAAAAUGAAUGAUAAAGCCCUAACAAAUAUAUGUCCUAACAUAUCCUUUUUAUUAACUUUUUGUUUGUGUCCAGUACUCAGCUAUAUAUGUCUUUAUACAUAGUAUUAUAUAUAUUAUAUAUUACUAUAUAUGCAGUACCUAAUUUUGUAGGUGGGUUGUUAAAUAUGCAUAUAUAUAUAUAUAUAUAUAUAUAUAUAUAUAUAUAUAUAUUAUAUAGGUUUAAGCUUAUCCAUUAAAAUAAUUAUCAACUUCAAAACUAUUUAAGCACUACAGUCUUCUGAACAAAUUUUGAAAUUUUAUUGUUUUAAAUUUAGUAAUCUACAAAGAAAUCCAAUAUAAGUACAUAACCAAUGACAGAAAAACAUCAAAGUACAAUUUUUAGUUACCAAUAUCAUAAUUCAUAAGAAAAGCUUGUUCAUUUUUUUACUAAUACAAUAUGCAGCUGAUUUCAGCUUUUGUACGUAACUAAGUAAAACAAAUAUAGAAAAAGUUGACAUUAAAAUUGUUUGAUAUGUAAAAAGAAGGUUAUAAAAGAUAAACUACCUUAGAUAAUAUGAUAGAAAAGAAUAAAUCUAGAGAGAGAAUUUCAGGUUUCAACGCCAUCUGUUAUCAUCCGUACAUAUCUUCCAUUUCGAUCUUUAACUCUCUCUGCAAUUUCUUUAUUAUAUAUAUAAGUAGGAUAUGUUUUCAACUCAUUUAUAACAAUCAACAUAACCUCUCUCUUUUUCUUCCUCUCUAUUUCCUCUAAGCAUUCUCGCUUUGUGGGUUCUUCUCUGUGUAUACAAUUAUACAAAUAUAUAUAUGCACACACACAUAGGAAGAUAUGAUGGGUUACGAGCAGAUGAAUCAGAUGACAAUGACAACAACGGCGAUGAUGAAGAAUUUCAAUAAGAUGGGACCAAUCAAUACUCCACAUAAGAAAAUUACGACUAAGAGAAGUGUAUCGGCCAUUGAUGGCGGUGCAGCUGUGAUGGCUGGAGAAGGAGAUCGUCGACGGAAUCUCAAGACUCUCGAUCUUAGCGGCAUGUCCUUGGCUUCCCUCUCAGCAUCUUCUAUCAACCUAGCUUCCAUCUCAAAACUCGAUCUCUCUAACAACAAUAUUCAGCAAAUUCCUGAAUCUCUUGUGGCACGAAUGUUAAAUUUGUGGGCAUUAGAUUUGCACUCCAAUCAGCUCAAAACACUUCCCAACUCCAUUGGAUGUCUUUCCAAGCUUAAGGUUCUUAAUGUCUCCGGAAAUAAUCUACAGCAUCUCCCCAAAACUAUAGAAGAUUGCAGAUCGCUGGAAGAGCUGAACGCCAAUUUCAACGAACUGACCAUGCUUCCAGACACAAUAGGGUUCGAGCUAACGAAUCUGACGAAGCUCUCCGUGAACUCAAACAAGCUUGUCGUGUUACCAAGCUCCCUUAGCCACUUGACGUCGCUGCGUGUGCUCGACGCCAGACUUAAUCGCCUUGGAUCGCUCCCUGAUGAUCUAGAGAACCUUGUGAACCUUCAGGUCCUUAACGUUAGCCAGAACUUCCAGCACUUGAAGGAGUUACCUUACUCCGUGGGGUUGUUGAUAUCUCUCGUGGAGCUUGACGUUAGUUAUAACGGAAUUACGGUUUUACCGGACUCCAUAGGCUGUCUUCGCCGGAUUCAGAAGCUCUCCCUCGAGGGCAAUCCCCUCGUCUCCCCACCUUUUGAAGUGGUGGAGCAAGGUUUAGAAGCAGUGAAGCUGUACAUGAGCGAGAAGAUGACCGAGUCUUAUAAAGAAACUCCGAUGAAGAAAAAAUUGUGGGGCAUUGGUAAGAUGGUCAAGUACAAGACCUUUAAUGGCCUGAGCUCAUCUCCGGGAAGGUCUCCAGGAAGAAGAACCGGCGGUGACCACCAUGGAAACGAGAGGGGAGGCUUCAUCAACGUCUCCGAUUAUCGCCAAAUCGACGGAAUCGCUUCCCCGAGACAUGUGUCACUCUUCAACCCGAGACGCCUCUUGUCUCCAUUCUCUGCUUAUUUCUCUCCUCCGAGGUAUUAGCUAGGGUUACUUUUGUCUUUUUAUCUACACCAAACAGUCUUUUACUUUUACUUUUGUUUUUUUGCAUGCAACGUUGUUUCCUUGUAUUUUUUGUUUGUUCUUUUCGCAUGUAGCGUUCUUUUUCCCUGUAUUAUAGACUUUUGAGUGGCUUUUUACCGCUGUAACACAUUUGUAAAUCCUGACAUAAUAAUUUGGUUCAUGUUAUCUUGUA